AUGCGGCAUCCUGCUGACUCGGAUGCAUGGAAAAUGUUUGACACUACGCAUUUACAAUUCUCGUCUGAGCCUCGUAAUGUCAGACUUGGAUUAGCUGCGGAUGGAUUCAACCCCUUUGGAAUGCUGAGUACUACUCACAGCACUUGGCCUGUCAUGCUAGUCCCUUACAAUCUCCCGCCUUGGUUGUGCAUGAAACGGUCAUCUUUGAUUUUAUCACUAGUUAUUCCUGGACCUAAAUCGCCAGGGAUUGCAAUAGAUGUGUACUUGCAACCCUUAGUAGAAGAAUUGAGGGAAUUAUGGGAUGUUGGAGUAGAAGCGUACGAUGCAUCUUCAAAAAAUGUAUUCCAAUUGCAUGCAGCAUUGAUGUGGACAGUACAUGACUUUCCUGCAUACGCAGAUGUGUCGGGUUGGAGUACGAAGGGUAAGUUUGCGUGUCCUUGUUGUGCCUCAGAGACCGACUCCAAAUAUUUAAAAAAUGGCCGCAAAUUCUGUUACAUGGGACAUAGGCGAUGGUUGGGUAGUGACCACGAAUUUCGGAAAGAAGAUACUUUAUUUGAAGGAUUCACUGAUAUGCGAGUGGCUCCUGUGCCACCAGUUGCGUCAGACAUAAUUGUGGACACUGAAACUUUACUUACACGUUGUCUGGGAAAGAAAUGUCAAGAAAAAUACAACAAAAGAAAGAGAGGUGAGGCAAACCAGUGUGUUUGGAAGAAGAGAAGUAUUUUUUUCACAUUGCCUUAUUGGAAGGAUCACAAGUUGCGACACAAUCUUGAUGUGAUGCAUAUAGAGAAGAAUGUGAUGGACAAUAUACUUGGCACUUUGCUGAACGUGAAGGACUGGACAAAGGACAAUUACAAGGCACGCCUUGACUUGGCGGAAAUGAGAAUAAGGAGAGAACUCCACCUACAGCGAAAAGGUGAUGAUAAGUAUAUGAUACCGCCUGCGUGUUUUCAUAUGACUACAUUGGAGAAAGAUGGUUUCUUGCAAGUUUUGCGAGAUGUAAAAGUGCCCGAUGGAUAUGCUUCCAACAUCUCCCGCCGUGUCAACCUCAAAGAACAUAAGAUUUCUGGUUUAAAGAGUCACGAUAAUCACAUCUUGAUGCAACAACUCCUUCCAAUUGCUUUACGAGGAUCUUUGCCAUCGCAUGUUAUUCGGCCUUUGAUAAAGUUAGCUUGUUUCUUUAGGAAAAUUUGUUCGAAAACCCUUACGGUGUUUGAUAUUGCGAGUGCUGAGGCUGACAUUUCAGUGACGUUGUGUGAAUUGGAAAAGAUAUUUCCUCCAUCUUUCUUCACUGUGAUGGUACAUUUGGUCAUGCACUUGGCUACUGAAGCCAAGAUUGGUGGUCCAGUUCAGUACCGUUGGAUGUACCCCAUUGAGAGGUACCUCUCACGCCUUAAGUCUUAUGUAAGAAACAGGGCUGCUCCAGAAAGGUGUAUUGCCGAAGGCUACAUAGUGGAGGAAUGUUUAACGUUUUGUUCAUGGUAUAUGGAAGGAGUCGAAACUAUAUUCUCACGACCCACAAGGACGAUGGAGGAGUCAACAGGGGUGGUUUCAAGUGUGGCACUAGAAAGUAUGGAAUUGACCCAAGCUCAUCGCUAUGUGCUAUUCAAUUCCGAGAACAUUUACCAGUUUCGUGAGAUGCACAAAAGUUUGACGAAGGAUGAACUUCAAAAGGGCCACUGUCGUAUAUCCAAUACUACUAUUCAUAAGCACCACAUGGAGAACUUUUGUGGCUGGUUUAGAUCUCACGUGAUGUCAAUGACUGCUGCUGAUAGGGAAAGAACUGGACUUAGUGAUACACUUGUCACGCUUUCGAAAGGGUCAUAUACUUCAGUAAAUCGGCUGAAACAUUAUGUCAUAAAUGGGUUAAAAUUUAGGAGUUCGAAUGUCGAGGGAAAUAGAAAAAUGCAAAAUAGUGGAGUUAGUGUUGCCACUGAAGGUGGCAAUAUGUACUAUGGUGUGUUGACAGAUAUCAUUGAGUUGAAUUAUUCUGGCAAUAUCAAACAUAUGUUAUUCAAGUGUAAAUGGGUUGAUGAUCAAAAUAGGAGGGGAUAUAAGACUGAUGAGUUUGGGUUUCCUAUGGUGAAUUUUAAUCAUUCCGUACAUGGUGGGGAGGAAAUGGUGCAUGAACCAUAUGUGUUGGCGUCUCAAGCUACACAAGUUUUUUAUGUUGAAGAUAAAAGGUAG